AUGCCUUGUGAGCGCCCUCAAGGAACCGCUCCAGGCAUCGUGGGCAGGCGGCCAUCUUUAUUGGGGUCAGGCCACCGGGGGGGGUACAGGGGACCCAGGUGUCCGGGGGACCCGGGUGUCCGGUGCGGAGGGGACCCAGACAUCUGGGUGGAGGGGACCCAAGUGUCCAGGCAAAGGGGACCCAGGUGUCCGGGGGACACGGGUGUCCGGUGCGGAGGGGACCCAGACAUCUGGGUGGAGGGGACCCAAGUGUCCAGGCGAAGGGGUCCCAGACAUUCAGUGCGGAGGAGACCCAGGAGUCCCGGUGCAGAGGGGACCCAGGCGUCCAGGCGAAGGGGACCCAGGUGUCUGGGUGGAGGGGACCCAAGUGUCCAGGCGAAGGGGUCCCAGACAUUCAGUGCGGAGGAGACCCAGGAGUCCCGGUGCAGAGGGGACCCAGGCGUCCAGGCGAAGGGGACCCAGGUGUCUGGGUGGAGGGGACCCAAGUGUCCAGGCGAAGGGGUCCCAGACAUUCAGUGCGGAGGAGACCCAGGAGUCCCGGUGCAGAGGGGACCCAGGCGUCCAGGCGAAGGGGACCCAGGUGUCUGGGUGGAGGGGACCCAAGUGUCCAGGCGAAGGGGUCCCAGACAUUCAGUGCGGAGGAGACCCAGGAGUCCCGGUGCAGAGGGGACCCAGGCGUCCAGGCGAAGGGGACCCAGGUGUCUGGGUGGAGGGGACCCAAGUGUCCAGGCGAAGGGGUCCCAGACAUUCAGUGCGGAGGAGACCCAGGAGUCCCGGUGCAGAGGGGACCCAGGCGUCCAGGCGAAGGGGACCCAGGUGUCUGGGUGGAGGGGACCCAAGUGUCCAGGCGAAGGGGUCCCAGACAUUCAGUGCGGAGGAGACCCAGGAGUCCCGGUGCAGAGGGGACCCAGGCGUCCAGGCGAAGGGGACCCAGGUGUCUGGGUGGAGGGGACCCAAACAUCCAGUGCAGAGGGGACCCAGGAGUCCCGGUGCAGAGGGGACCCAGGAGUCCAGGUGAAGGGGACCCAGGCAUCUGGGUGGAGGGGACCCAGGCAUCCAAGCGAAUGGGACCCAAGUGUCCGGGCAGAGGGACCCAGGCAUCCAGUGUGGAGGGCACCCAGGAGUCCCGGUGCAGAGGGGACCCAGGUGUCCAGUGCUAGAGGACCCAAGUGUCCAGGUGGAGGGACCCAGGCAUCCAGUGCGGAGAGGACCCAGGCGUCUGGGCGGAGGGGACCCAGACAUCCAGGCGGAGGGGACCCAGGUAUCCGGGCGGACGACACCCAGGAGUCCCGGUGCAGAGGGGACCCAGGAGUCCGGGCGAAGGGGACCCAAGUGUCCAGGCAGAGGGACCCAGGCGUCUGGGUGGAGGGGACCCAGGUGUCUGGGUGGAGGGCACCCAGGAGUCCCGGUGCAGAGGGGAUCCGGGUGUCCGGUGCUAGAGGGGACCCAGGAGUCCAGGCAAAGGGGACCCAAGUGUCCAGGUAGAGGGACCCAGGUGUCCGGUGCA